AUGUUCGUUAUUAGUACUACAGGACAUAUGGGUCGUUAUGGGCAUGAAUUUCUAGAAUUUGAGUUUCGUGCAGAUGGAAGGUGUCGUUAUGCUAAUAACUCAAAUUAUCGUAAUGAUAGUUUGAUCCGAAAAGAAAUGUAUGUUAGUCCUUUAAUGAUGAAAGAAUUGAGACGAGUAAUUCAAGAGAGUGAAAUAAUGAAAGAAGACGAUCAACGAUGGCCAAAAAAGAAUGUAACAGCAAAGAUCGGUUCACUUGUAGAUGUUCAAGAAAGUGAUGAUCCUGAAGGUUUACGAGUUUUCUAUUAUUUGGUUCAAGAUUUAAAGUGUUUGGUGUUUUCAUUAAUUGGUUUGCAUUUCAAGAUCAAACCUAUUUAG